GGCAUCACAUCGAGAACCUGGACCUCUUCUUCUCUCGCAUCUAUAACCUGCAUCAGAAGAAUGGCUUCACCUGCAUGCUCAUUGGAGAGAUCUUUGAGCUCAUGCAGUUCAUCUUUGUGGUGGCAUUCACCACUUUUCUUAUCAGCUGCGUUGAUUACGACAUCCUUUUUGCCAACAAAGCAGUAAAUCACAGCCAGCAUCCCAGUGAGCCCAUUAAGGUGACUCUGCCAGAUGCCUUCCUGCCUCCAAACGUUUGCAGUGCAAGAAUCCAGGCAAACAGCUUCCUCAUCUGCAUCCUGGUGAUAGCUGGAGUUUUCUGGAUCCACCGACUUGUCAAAUUUAUCUACAACGUUUGCUGCUACUGGGAAAUUCACUCUUUCUACAUCAAUGCCCUCAAAAUCCCCAUGUCCACCCUUCCGUACUACACAUGGCAGGAGGUGCAGGCUCGCAUCGUGCAGAUCCAGAAGGAGCACCAGAUCUGCAUCCACAAAAAGGAGCUGACAGAGCUGGACAUCUACCACCGCAUCCUCCGCUUCAAGAACUACAUGGUGGCCAUGGUGAACAAGUCACUGCUGCCCAUCCGCUUCCGCCUGCCACUGCUGGGAGACACUGUCUUCUACACACGUGGGCUCAAGUACAACUUUGAGCUCAUCUUCUUCUGGGGGCCUGGCUCCCUCUUUGAGAACGAGUGGAGCCUGAAGGCCGAGUACAAGAGGGCUGGGAACCGCCUGGAGCUAGCUGAGAAGCUCAGCACUCGCAUCCUUUGGAUUGGCAUUGCUAACUUUCUCCUCUGCCCCCUCAUCCUCAUCUGGCAGAUCCUCUAUGCCUUCUUCAGCUACACAGAAAUCCUGAAGCGGGAGCCAGGCAGCCUGGGUGCCCGCUGCUGGUCUCUCUAUGGCCGCUGUUACCUCCGUCACUUCAACGAGCUGGACCAUGAACUGCACUCACGCCUCAGCAAGGGGUACAAGCCAGCUUCUAAGUACAUGAACUGCUUUAUCUCCCCUCUCCUCACCAUUGUGGCCAAGAACGUGGCCUUCUUUGCUGGCUCCAUCCUGGCUGUGCUCAUCGCUCUCACCAUCUACGAUGAGGAUGUGCUGGCGGUUGAGCAUGUCCUGACCACAGUCACCCUGCUCGGGGUGGGCAUCACAGUGUGCAGAUCAUUCAUCCCUGACCAGCACCUGGUGUUUUGCCCAGAGCAGCUGCUGCGAGUCAUCCUGGCACACAUCCACUACAUGCCUGACCACUGGCAGGGCAAUGCCCACCGCUACGAGACCAGGGACGAGUUUGCCCAGCUCUUCCAGUACAAAGCGGUCUUCAUCCUGGAGGAGCUCCUGAGUCCCAUCAUUACACCCCUGAUCCUCAUCGUCUGCCUGCGGCCGAAGUCCUUGGACAUUGUUGACUUCUUCCGCAACUUCACCGUGGAGGUGGUGGGUGUGGGCGACACCUGCUCCUUUGCCCAGAUGGACGUGCGCCAGCAUGGCCACCCAGCGUGGAUGUCAGCAGGGAAGACGGAGGCCUCCAUUUACCAGCAGGCCGAGGAUGGCAAGACGGAGCUGUCCCUCAUGCACUUUGCUAUCACCAACCCCAAGUGGCAGCCGCCCCGCGAGAGCACGGCCUUCAUCGGCUUCCUGAAGGAGCGGGUGCACCGGGACAGCAGCGUGGCACUGGCUCAGCAGGCUGUGCUCCCCGAAAAUGCUCUCUUCAGCUCCAUCCAGUCCCUGCAGUCGGAGUCGGAGCCGCACAGCCUGAUUGCCAAUGUGAUAGCGGGCUCCUCAGCACUGGGCUUCCACAUGGGCCGGGAUGGACAGGCUUCCCGCCAUCUCUCUGAAGUGGCCUCAGCCCUGCGUUCCUUCUCCCCGCUCCAGUCUGCCCAGCAGCCUCCCAGCAGCUUCCAAAUGUCAGGAAGGGAUGGAGAAGGAGCCCAGCCUCGGGGCGCCAGUGCCAUGACAGCCUCUGGUGCCGAUGCGAGGACCGUGAGCUCAGGGAGCAGCGCCUGGGAGGGUCAGCUACAGAGCAUGAUCCUGUCGGAGUACGCCUCCACCGAGAUGAGUCUCCACGCACUCUACAUGCAUGAGUUGCACAAGCAGCACGCCCAGCUGGAGCCCGAGCGGCACACUUGGCACCGGCGAGAGAGUGAUGAGAGCGGGGAGAGCGCCCAUGAGGAGCUGGAUGCUCAGCGUGGUGCCACCGUCCCCAUCCCUCGCUCUGCCAGCUACCCCUUUUCCUCACCGCGGCAGCCUGCCGAGGAGACGGCCACGCUGCAGACUGGCUUCCAGCGGCGAUACGGUGGCAUCACAGACCCAGGCACAGUACACAGAGCCCCAUCACACUUCUCCCGCCUCCCUCUGGGAGGCUGGGCUGAGGAUGGGCAGUCGGCAAGACACCCAGAGCCCGUGCCAGAGGAGAGCUCAGAGGAUGAGCUUCCACCACAGAUCCACAAGGUGCCACCUUUCCCUUUUGUCUUGGCAGGUAUAACCUUGUAGACUGGGGAUCUCAUGGGGACUGCAGACUGGGAGCCGCCUGGGCAGCAGGAUGUGGCAUCAGCCUUAUUCUCCUCCUGUCCUGAGUGGACAGGAUAGUCCUGGGCUCCAUUUUGUUGCCAUCAAUUGCCGAAGAGACAAAACUGCCAGGCCGGCGGCUUUGCGGUGGCACCUUGUGUCCAGCCGUGUGUCAAGUCAACGCCACUCUGACUCUUGUGGGGUGAAUGCGUGUGUGAGUACAUACAUGUGUCUGUGUUCACAUUGUGUCGUCCGUGUUGGAGGAUCACUACAGAGCCUGCGAAAGCUGACGUGACAGGAGUAGCA